UCAGAUUCUGACAUCGGUCAGAGAUGAGCUCCACUCUGUUGUCUCAGAUGCUACCCCUGGUGUUACCGCUCCUGCUUCUACUGCAGACAUGGUCCAGCCUGGCUGAAGAGCCACAUCAGUUAGCAACCUGCGCUGGUCAUCCAGGGAUACCAGGAUCACCGGGCAACAACGGAGUGCCAGGGAGAGAUGGACGAGAUGGAAAGGAGGGGAGAGAAGGCACAAAAGGAGAGAAGGGAGAUAUUGGUAUCCAAGGUCCUCCAGGAACUGAGGGGCCACUUGGCCCACUUGGACCCAAAGGAGCCCCAGGAGAUCCAGGGCCCAGAGGUGAACGGGGUGUGUGGGGUCCUCCAGGGAAAGUGGGACCAGCUGGGGAGAAAGGGGAGAAGGGAGAAGUAGGAGCCCUCGGCAGGCCAGGGCCGCCAGCCAACGAGAGUCUCAUUGCAGCGCUGGAAUCCCAACUUGAGUCGAUGUCCAGGCUGUGGGAGCAGUUUGCUAAACUCGAAAGACGCUUUACCUUCACACACUGGAGGCUUCAUAAACACAAGCUCUUUGCUGUCACCUUCAAUCCAGGCACCUUUGAAAAUGGCCUGAAGCUUUGCAAGGAGGCAGGAGGUAUUAUGCCAUACCCAGAGAAUGAAGAGGAAAACAACAUCUUCCACGAUUUGUACAAAAAAGUCGGACUGAUGUACAUCGGUGUCACUGAUACGAAGACAGAGGGGACCUUCGUGGACCUUAAGGGCAGACCUUUGUCAUUCACUAAGUGGAAGGCUGGAGAGCCCAAUAACUCAGGAGGCAGUGAGAACUGCAUUCAUAUUUGGCAUAAUGGAGAGUGGAAUGACACAAACUGCAAUAGUGAAAUGCAUGCCAUCUGCCUUUUUCUGCCAAGAUCCCCAGAAAUGGAGCCGCAUGCCUUUCUCCUGCUGACCAUCAUUCUAAGUAUGGCACUGUACUGUUGUGUGGAGCCCACAAGCCCAAACAUCUGUCACGGGAUGCCAGGGUUAUCAGGAAGAGAUGGGAGAGAUGGAAGGGAAGGGAAGGAAGGUCCACCAGGUCUGAAAGGAGAAAAAGGAGAUAAAGGUGUUAAAGUCAUUGGUCCUCCUGGGAAAGUUGGACCACCAGGCCAAACAGGGCAGAAAGGUGACAGGGGCAGCCCAGGUGCCAAUGGCCAAGGAGGGCAAAAAGGAGAUUGUGGAGCACCAGGGACCCCAGGGCAACCGGCUGAUGUGAGGCGUAUUGCAGAGCUAGAAAGAGAACUGAGGGCAAUGAAAUUCAGCCUCUCCAAACUUGAAAAACGUGUUCUCCUCACCAUCUGGAAGAGCUACGGACAAAAGAGUUUUGCAACGAGGAACAGUAAGGGGACAUUUGAAGGCGGGUUAAAACUGUGUGCCGAAGCAGGUGGGCAAAUCGCGAUGGCAGCCAACGAGGAGGAGAACGAAGUAAUUGCUUCCUUUCUCAAAACGGGUGAAUAUGCGUUCAUUGGGGUUACAGACAGGAAGACGGAGGGCAACUUUGAGGACGUCAACGGGAACCCGGUGACAUUUACUAAGUGGAAAUCAGGAGAGCCCAACAAUUUUGACGGGAACGAGGACUGCACCAUCACAAGCUCUGAGGGAAUUUGGAACGAUGUGAAAUGUGAAGCGAUCGUCAAUAUAAUAUGUCAGUUUUAGUGACGUCCAUGUCACCAUUCAGUGGUGAUGUGGUCCUUGUUGUUCUGUGCGCUUGUCACAUCUAUUGUGAUUUGCAUGAAGUGAUUUAUUUCAAAUGCAAUACCACAAGCAAUGUACUCAAGCUUUGUUUUUUACUGUAUGAAGCAAUUUCAUGUUUGUCACUGAUUAGCACGCGUGCUGUGAGUCACACUUUGUAAAAUAAACUUUGAUUUGCACA